AUGGCCGCGCCAAACGUCGUCAAUCCACAACUCACCAACGGCCAGCCCUACCUCAACGGCAACAGACAGGCCCCCCGUCCCCAGUUCACCCGAGAGCAAAUACAAGGACUUGUCCGCCGCGCACAUCUUCUGAAAGAACAGGGCGCCACAGUCGAGACGUCCGCCGAGUACGCGAAGAUCUACCACUUCCUACAGCAAAUACAGCAACCGCAACCACAGAACACGAACAUUCCUGACCAUAAUCAACCCGGACUCAAUGGACAUGCGUCGACAUCCGGCCUCACGAACGGCAACGCCUUGCCCAACGGCAAUUCGCUCACGAAUGGCACAGCGUCCGCCCAACCUUACCCUCAAGCCCCCAGCACCCCCGUCUCGUUCACGCCGGAGCAAAUCGAGGCUCUACGAGCUCAAAUACAGGCGUUCAAGAUGCUCAUGCGCAACAAGCCCGUCCCCGAGGCGAUCCAGCAGGCGAUGCGGCUACCCAACCAGGUCGUGCCGGACCUACAGAAACUUCUCCAGAGUGGAGGUGUCGACGCCCGAGUCAUCGACAGCGCCGUCAAAGUCCACAAGAGCGCGACCCCCGGCGUGAUGGACGCGACAUUGACCGAGCCGAUUGUAGAGGAGAUCAAGGCGGAGGACAUGGACCUUAGCGGAGCCGACGUGCCCAAGGGACCGUUCCUUGAGGACGACGUGAACUCGGGUAUCUACCCGUAUAACGCGUAUCAACAUCCCUUCGACCACCUCUUGCUCGACAGCGAUGCUCCGCUUACGCAGUGGGCGACCCGUCUACAGCGGCUGCUGAUCCCGACACUCAUGCCGACAGGGCUCGACCCGCACCAAGUCAUAUCUGAGCGCAACAGGUACGUGGACGCGCGCAUCGAGCAGCGGAUCCGAGAGCUGGAGGAGCUCCCGGCAACUAUGGGCGACGGUGGGAUGGAGAGCGUCGCCGACGAUAUCAUUCGCGAGGAGAAGGAGAACAGCGCGGGCGGCGACGAGCUCGCGCACCUGGCGCACCCGAGCCCGAACGCACAGGGCAAGCUGCGCGCGCUGAUCGAGCUAAAGGGUCUGCGAGUGCUCGACAAGCAGCGACAGAUGCGGGCACUGGUGGCGGAGCGGCUCACGCACGGGUCGAUGCUGCCGCUGAACCGGGCAGACUUCCGGCGGACGCGUAAGCCGACGAUCCGGGAUGCACGCAUGACGGAGCAGCUGGAGCGGAAGCAGCGCGUUGACCGGGAGCGGCGGGCGAAGCAGAAGCACGUCGAACAGCUGUCGGUGAUCUGCGCACACGGGCGGGAAGUGGUCGCGGCGAGCCGCUCGGCGCAGGACCGCAUCGUACGGCUAGGCAAGGCUGUGCUGUCUUUGCACUCACACACCGAGAAGGAGGAGCAGAAGCGCAUUGAGCGGAUCAGCAAGGAGCGUCUUAAGGCGCUGAAGGCCGACGAUGAGGAGGCGUACAUGAAGCUUAUUGACACGGCGAAGGAUACGCGCAUCACGCACCUUCUGCGGCAAACGGAUACCUACCUGGACUCGCUGACGCAGGCUGUGAUGGAGCAGCAGGAGGAUGUGCCCCUCCCAGAUGUCGGCUCGUCGAUGUAUGAGGACGACCCGACUAGCGAGGCUACUUUCGGUGCGCAGAAGUUUGACAACGAGGGUGAAGACAAGGGCAAGCUUGAUUACUAUGCCGUCGCGCAUAGACUCAAGGAGAGGAUCACGAAACAGCCGGCCAUGCUGAUCGGUGGAACGCUUAAGGAUUAUCAGCUGAAGGGUCUCCAGUGGAUGGUCAGUCUAUACAACAACAAGCUCAAUGGCAUCCUCGCAGACGAGAUGGGUCUCGGCAAGACGAUCCAAACGAUCUCACUCAUCACCUAUUUGAUUGAAACCAAGAAGCAGCGGGGCCCUUACUUGGUCAUCGUGCCCCUAUCCACCAUGACGAACUGGUCCGGUGAGUUCGCAAAGUGGGCGCCCAACGUCAAGAUGAUUUCGUACAAAGGGAACCCUACUCAGCGGAAGGCCCUCCAGGGCGACCUUCGUACGGGUAACUUCCAAGUCCUGCUUACGACGUACGAGUAUAUCAUCAAGGAUCGUGUGCACCUAGCCCGUAUGCGUUGGGUACACAUGAUCAUUGACGAGGGUCACCGUAUGAAGAAUACCCAGAGCAAGCUCGCACAGACGCUCACGCAGUACUACCACUCCCGCUACCGGCUCAUCCUCACCGGUACCCCCCUCCAGAACAACCUCCCCGAGCUGUGGGCUCUGCUUAACUUCGUCCUCCCGAAGAUCUUCAACUCGGUCAAGUCAUUUGACGAGUGGUUCAACACGCCGUUCGCCAACUCUGGCACUGGUGACAAGAUCGAGCUGAACGAAGAAGAGGCGCUACUCAUCAUUCGGCGACUGCAUAAGGUGCUUCGGCCUUUCUUGCUGAGGCGUCUCAAGAAGGACGUGGAGAGCGAAUUGCCCGACAAGGUCGAGAAAGUGAUCAAGAUCCGCAUGAGCGCGCUGCAGUCGCAGUUGUACAAGCAGAUGAAGAAGUACAAGAUGAUCGCUGACGGCAAGGAUACGAAGGGCAAAAACGGGGGUGUCAAGGGUCUCAGCAAUGAGCUCAUGCAGUUGCGAAAGAUCUGCCAGCAUCCCUUCCUCUUCGAGAGCGUCGAGGACAGGGUCAACCCUUCUGGUAUUAUCAACGAGACUCUGAUUCGCUCGUCCGGCAAGAUCGAGCUCCUUUCGCGCAUCUUGCCUAAGUUCUUCGCUACCGACCACAGAGUCCUCAUCUUCUUCCAGAUGACGAAAGUCAUGGAUAUCAUGGAGGACUUCCUCAAGUACAUGGGUUGGAAGUACCUCCGUCUCGAUGGUGGGACGAAGACAGAGGACCGUGCGGGGCACGUCGCACAAUUCAACGCACCCAAUUCGGACAUCAGGGUGUUCAUCUUGUCGACACGAGCCGGUGGUCUUGGUCUCAAUCUGCAGACUGCAGACACGGUUAUCAUGCAAGUGCUUUCCGGUGUCUUCGACAGUGAUUGGAAUCCUCAUGCCGAUCUUCAGGCACAGGAUCGUGCACAUCGUAUAGGUCAAACGAAGGUUGUCCGGAUCCUGCGUUUCAUUACUGAGAAGAGUGUGGAGGAAGCGAUGUUCGCGCGUGCUCGGUACAAGCUCGACAUCGACGACAAGGUCAUUCAAGCCGGUCGCUUCGAUAACAAGUCCACUCAGGAGGAGCAAGAGGAGUUCCUCCGUUCCAUUCUAGAAGCCGAUCAGGAGGAAGAGAACGAGGAAGCCGGAGACAUGAACGACGAUGAGAUCAACGAGAUCAUCUCUCGUUCAGAGGAUGAGGAUCGCAUCUUCCGCGAGAUUGACAUUCAGCGCGACCGCGAGGCGCUGGAGAACUGGAGGGCCGCGGGCAAGCGGGGCAAACCACCACAGCCGCUGAUGCAGCUGGACGAGCUGCCGGAUUGCUACAAGUCGGACGAGCCAUUCGACAACAAGGAUGAGAUCGACGAGGUGGAGGGCCGUGGCCACCGGCGGAGAAACAUCGUCAACUACACAGAUGGGCUCAGCGAUGAUCAGUGGGCGAUGGCUCUGGAGGAUGGUGAGGACUUGCAAGAGCUUGCAGACCGCACGCGCGAGAGGAAGGCGAGUCGUGCUGCGACCAAAAACAUUCGAGACUUGGAUGUGGGCAGUCCUGCGAUGGACGACACGCCGCGCGUGCGGAAAGGUCGGAAGGGCAAGGGCAAGGCCGACGGUGACGUGACCCCUGCCAGCAACAAACGGAAGCGUGGGGCGAAAGCGAUGUCCGUCACACCGUCUAUCCAGGAUGAUGAAGAGGAGGAGCGUGAUACGAAACGUCGUAAGACCAAAGUGCCUGAUGUACCGCCUGCUGUGCGGGACAAGAUGAAGAAGGCAUUUAACGAGAUCUACAAAGCCGUGCUCAACUGCGAGGAUAGCGAACACCGGAGACGUUGCGAGCUGUUCCGAGAAGUGCCUGAUAGACGGGAAUAUCCUGACUACUACCAGCUCAUCAAGCAGCCGAUCGCCCUGUCGACCCUGCGUAAACGGUUGCAGAGCAACUACUACAAGACCGUCACCCACUUCCGAGAAGACUGGAAGCUCAUGUUCAACAACGCCCGAACGUACAACCAGGAAGGCUCAUGGGUAUACGUCGACGCGGAAGAAAUGGAGAAGGUCUUCAACGCACAGUACGACCGGCUCAUCCUCGGCUCGGGACUGCCGGGUGCGCCUCCAGCGGCGAAUGGAUCAUCGAGUGCGUACGAAUCAGCUCUAACUCCUAUGGAUGAGGAUGAGCGAUUACCACCUAAGGGGAAGAGCACGAGGAAGCAGGUCCUCAGUGACGACGAGUACCUCACCAAUCCAAGCGACGAUGAGUGA